AUGAAGUCUGAGCCCCAGUAGAUGCUGAGACAAUCCGGGAAUCGACGGAUACAUAAUAAACAGCUGUGGUCGUGACGCUUUAGCCAAACUAGCUACUGUGUUCUGCAUCAAGGAUGCUGCAAAUCGGGGACGGGUUGGCGUGCUUCUCUGCGGUGUUUCUGCUAGUUCUGCUCGGAACUAGGAGCGCGGUGUGUUCCUCGGUGUUCACGGCUGCCCUCUACGUAUUUCUACUGCUGUUUAGAUACCCACAGGUACCGCAUAGCCGAGCGAGGCAGGUUUUUCGCCCCAGUGUAGUUGCAGGUGAUGGGAUCUCCGUGAUCGCGCACAGAGGUGGGGGACACGACGCUCCGGAAAACACCCUGGCAGCGAUUCAGGAGGCCAGCAAGAAUGGGGCGACGGGUGUGGAGCUGGACUUGGAGUUCACGGCGGAUGGGGUUCCGGUCCUGAUGCACGAUGAGACCGUGGAUCGCACCACCAACGGGUCAGGACCGGUGGGCAAACUGCGCUUCGUUGAGCUCCGGAAGCUGGACGCCUCUGUUAAGCACAGGCUCAGGGACAAGUUUCCUGGACAGAAGGUCCCUACCCUGCUGGAGGCUGUGGAAGAAUGCAUCAAACACCAGCUGACCAUCUUCUUUGAUGUCAAAGGUCAUCCAGACGAGGCAGCAGUAGCGCUCAGGGUGAUGUAUAAGAAACACCCAGUCCUCUACAACACAAGCAUAGUCUGCUCCUUCGAGCCGAAAGUCAUCUACAAGAUGCGGCAGGCGGACCCUGAGGUGGUGACGGCGCUCACUCACCGGCCCUGGAGUCUGAGCCGGCUGGGCGACGGCACGGCGCGGUUCGAGUCGCCGUGGAAACACCACUGGCUGCAGGCGCUGGACGUGCUGCUGGACUGGGCGCAUCACCACCUGCUGUGGAACCUGUGCGGCGUGUCCGCCUUCCUGCUGCAGAAGAGCUUCAUCUCCCCGGACUACGUGCACUACUGGUCUCAGCGGGGCGUGUCUGUGGUGGGCUGGACCAUCAACACGGCCGUGGAGAAGCAGUACUACCAGGACCUGCUGAAGAUCAGCUACAUCACAGACAGUCUGAGAGAGGACUGCGAUCCCCACUACUGACCUCUGCAACAGCUGGGCAGGGCAGAAACACACUCACCUCUCUGACGCGCACACGCACACACAC